AUGGAGGAGCAGUGCGAGCAUUUUCUGUCGGGCUCCGUGGAGAAGAGGCUUUCAAGUGAAUCCGGGCUCGACGUUUCCGGCAGUGGUGCGUCGUUGCUUGAAACGGAAUCGAAUGACACGGCUCUCGAGGAUUCGUUGGUAGAUUUGGAGGUGGCUGCCUCGCAGCUGCCAAAGACCGAAUGCGCAACCAACGAUCAAGACUCCAUCGGUGAACCAAUUUCAGAUUCCAUACCAGAACUGGAAAACCAAGACAGUCCCAGCUGGCUGUCAUGCUUCGAUUGUGACGCGAUCUUUGAUGUGACUUGCGAGAAUCUGUCCUAUUACAACUCGACGAAAGCGGAGAAGGACAGCGACAGUGAUUUCGAUGACACGCUGAUCUUUGACGUUGAGGAAGGCGAGAACACAGGCUUGUCGUGCAGAUGCUGCGAGGGUUCUUGCUGCGAACGAUUCGCCGCCGACGUCAGCGAGUCCGUUGGUAACGAAUUUAUCGUCGAGAAAGUCUCUACGAUCGAGAUAAAAUACGAUCAGAGCGAUUCAACGAAAACUGUUCCAAAUAUUACUGAUGUAAACGACAGUAUUAAUGAUGGAAACUGUGGUUGUCGCUCAGAAAACGAAAAUAACGAAGAUGAAGAGAAAAGUAUCGAUGAAUUUGAUAUGAAUAAUCGAUUAAUAAACUGUAAGAACCAUGGACAAGAAAAUAGAAUGAGUAUUUGCGAGAUUAAAGCAAAAGAAAUCGAGAGAAAGCAGGAAAAAGAUGAUCACGACUCUUCCAGCGACUCUGACGAUGAUGUCAAGAAACUGAUAUACUCCUGUCCCAAUGCAAGUGCAUCCUCUUACAUCGAAUUCAGGGAGAACAUUAAGGAACCUGAAUUCGAAGCGAGGAUACUGAAUCCUGAAGCAACGAUGGUCGAAACGAGCGAGAUCACAGAAGUAUCUCAACUCCCGGAUACUGAGAACCGCGAUUCGGAAGAGGAAAAGGAAAACUUUAUUGCGCGAGGAUCAAGAAAUAUCGUAUCAACGGAGAAUUAUCUCGAGAAGUUAGCAGAGAUCACGGUGUCCAGUAGUCCGAAGACGGAGGAAGAAGCGCGAGAGACAUUGAAGAGGAUCGCCGAAGGCAAAGCGGAAAUAGAGAGCAGGAAGAACGAGGCAUUGAAGGAUCUGUCGCUGGAGUUUAACGAGGUUGUGCGGCUGGUCGCGGAACAGAAAGCUUUAGAGGAGAAAAGUCCGUCGCUUGGGGGAGUGUCCGGCGAGAACGAUGAGUCCGACGGAAGUUUAAGCGAGCUGGAUGGAGCACCGGGAAAUCUUGAGAUGCCUUUGACGAAGAACGAGGUGGCGGAAAGUUUCAGGAUCAAAAGUGUGCCGAAAGAUGCCGUCGAAGAGGAGCAGAACCGCGAAGAGCUAUUGCAAGAGUGUCUGAAGAUUAUCUCGGCAGCGGAGGACUCCGAGAAUGCCGAGGAAGAAAUUAGCGGUGGGAAAAAGGAGGCCAAGCCCGAAGUAGACGUCGAAGAGGAGAAGAGCAAGGUAGCAGAAAUUUUCACGGUAAUAUCCUCCGAAAUAUCCCGAGAGAACGUAGAUCUCGACGGGACAGUUGUUGAUACGAGUUCAAAAGAAACUGAAACUCCGAAGCCGGCGGAAGAGGAUGUUGGCAACAUCGUUAAGGACAUAAUCGCUGAUACCGAAGACUCCCUGUUCUGGCAGUUGCCCAAGGAACCGGAGAGAACGUACAUCAAGGGGAAGGUGUACGACUUCGACGAGAAGAAACACGGUGUCAGAAUGACGGAGGUGUUCCUGCAGAAGCAUUGCAAGCUGAAUAAACUUUUUCAGACACCGUACUUGAACGAUGUGUUGUAUCUGCAUUAUAAAGGUUUCUCCUUCAUCGAGAACCUGGAGAAGUACACGGGUCUGAAGUGUCUAUGGCUGGAGAACAACGGGAUCCGCGAGAUCGCCAAUCUGGAGAAUCAGGCCGAGCUGCGCUGCCUUUACCUGCAGAACAAUCUCAUCAACAAAAUCGAGAACCUCGAGCACCAGACGAAGCUGGACACACUGAACCUCUCGUACAACGUUAUACAGAGGAUCGAGAAUCUCGAUAGCCUGAAGUUCCUGAAUAGUCUGAACCUGUCGCACAACUACCUGCAACACGCCGCCGACAUCGAGCAUCUCCGACUGCUGGAAAGCCUCUCGGUGCUGGAUAUUUCUCACAACAGGAUCGACACCGAAGACGUCGUUAACGUGAGUCCGUUAUGUCUCAUUAAUCGUUCCGCCUCUGGCGUAUGA